AUGAAUUUAACUAUUCAUUUGCUUAAAACAAAUAUUGAUGAAGAAUCAAAUUGUGUUCAAAUUCGUUGGCGCAUAUCAUGUCUAACAAAUAAAUCUCUUGGUGGUAUUCUUAAAGUCUUCUUUUAUCAAAAAUAUAUUGAUGGUCUUUCAACAUUUUAUGUACGUGGCGAUGGUCGGAUAUAUAAACAUCGUGUUGAUCGAGUACAUUAA